AACCAGGAAGCGGGGGGAAGCAAGUGUGGCUUUGUGGGCGGAGCCACGAGGGUGGCUUUGUGGGCGGAGCCAUGAGGCGGAAGCACUAUGCACUGCUAGGAUCUGCAGGGCACUGUACUUAAGGUACAAUCUCAUCAAAUGCUGAGAUGUUCCCCUUAAAAGAUGCAGAACUGGGAGCUUUCACCUUUUUUGCUUCAGCUCUUCCAAAUGAUGUUUGUGGGAGCAAUGGUCUGCCUCUGACACCAAACUCCAUAAAGAUCCUGGGCCGCUUUCAGAUUCUGAAGACGAUUACUCACCCCAGACUAUGCCAGUAUGUGGACAUUUCUCGAGGAAAACACGAGAGGCUAGUGGUUGUUGCGGAACACUGUGGAAGAAGCCUGGAAGACUUGUUUCGAGACAGGAAACCAGUGAGCUCUUUAAAGGUGUUAUGCAUUGCUUUCGAAGUGUUGCAGGGCUUGCAGUACAUGAACAAGCAUGGAAUAGUCCACCGAGCUCUUGCACCUCGAAACAUCCUCAUGGAUCAAGAGGGGCAUAUUAAAUUGGCUAAAUUUGGUCUUUAUCACAUGACAGCUUAUGGUGCUGAUGUUGAUUUUCCUAUAGGAUAUCCAUCAUACCUGGCACCGGAAGUAAUUGCACAGGGAAUUAUCAAAUGUAGUGAACAUAUGCAAAGUGAAAAACCUUCAGGGCCUAAAUCUGAUGUGUGGUCCCUUGGUGUUAUAUUGUUCGAGCUUUGCAUGGGCAGAAAACUGUUCCAGACUCUGGAUGUAGCUGAAAGACUGAAACUUAUAUUUAAUCUUGGAUGUGUAGAUGAUAUCUUAACAGUACUAGCUGAGGAACAUGGAUGUCUGGACAUUAUUAAGGAGGUUCCCGAAAAUAUUUUAAUUCUACUGAGGAAAUGUCUCACGUUCCAGCCUUCCAAGAGGCCUACACCUGACAGGUUACUGAGUGACUCGGUUUUCAGUGAAAUCUCAUCUUUGUAUCCAGCCUUUCACAAACCUACCACCCUUUUCUCGCCUACUCUAAGAUGUGCUAACUUAACUCUUCCUGAAGAUAUUAAUCAACUGUUCCAAGAGGAAAAUUCCGAUUACCUAGCAGAGAGAUCAAUUGAAGAAGUUUAUUAUCUCUGGUGCUUGGCUGGAGGAGACUUGGAGAAAGAGCUUGUCAACAAGGAAAUAAUUCAUUCAAAGCCACCCAUCUGCACUCUUCCAAUUUUUGUGUUUGAAGAUGGGGAAAGCUUUGGACAAGUGCGGGAUAGAAGCUUCCUUUUGGAUGAUACAACUGUCACACUAUCUCUGUGCCAGCUUAGAAAUAGGCUGAAAGAUGUUGCUGGUGAAGCCUUUUAUCCCUUGCUUGAAGAUGACCAGUCAAAUGUACCCCAUUCAAACAGUAGUAAUGAGUUAUCUGCUGCUGCUAAUCUUCCUCUUAUUAUCCGAGAGCGAGACACAGAAUAUCAGCUAAACAGAAUUGUCCUAUUUGACAGGCUGCUAAAGGCCUAUCCCUAUAAAAAAAACCAAAUUUGGAAAGAAGCCAGAGUUGACAUUCCUCCACUGAUGCGGGGUUUAACUUGGGCAGCCUUACUUGGAGUAGAGGGUGACAUUCAAGCAAAAUAUGAUGCUAUUGAUAAGGACACUCCAAUUCCUACAGACAGACAAAUUGAAGUUGACAUUCCUCGCUGUCAUCAGUAUGAUGAGUUGCUGUCAUCUCCUGAAGGUCAUGCAAAAUUUAGGCGGGUUUUGAAAGCAUGGGUCGUUUCCCAUCCUGAUCUUGUAUAUUGGCAAGGUCUUGACUCCCUUUGUGCACCAUUCUUAUAUUUAAAUUUCAACAAUGAAGCUCUGGCCUAUGCCUGCAUGUCUGCUUUUAUUCCUAAAUACCUGUAUAAUUUCUUUCUAAAAGACAAUUCACAUGUGAUUCAAGAAUACCUAACAGUGUUUUCUCAGAUGAUUGCAUUCCAUGACCCCGAGCUGAGUAACCAUCUCAACGAAAUUGGCUUCAUUCCGGAUCUGUAUGCCAUUCCUUGGUUUCUCACAAUGUUUACACAUGUUUUUCCUUUGCACAAAAUCUUUCAUUUGUGGGAUACGUUACUACUUGGGAAUUCUUCCUUCCCAUUCUGUAUUGGAGUGGCUAUUCUUCAGCAGCUAAGAGACCGGCUUCUCUCUAAUGGGUUUAAUGAAUGCAUUUUGCUCUUUUCUGAUUUGCCAGAAAUUGACAUAGAACGUUGUGUCCGUGAAUCUAUCAAUCUUUUCUGUUGGACUCCUAAAAGUGCUACUUACAGACAGUAUGCCCAGCAUCCCAGGCAAGCCAGUGAGGUAACGUGUACAAGAAGUUUAAUGUCCUGUUUCUCAUCGGACUAUCAAGAUGCACCAAGAAGUGACCUGUCUAGAGAUUCUAUCACGCUGAAUGAUCUGAAAUCAGAAGUGUCACCACGGAUCUCAGCUGAAGAUUUGAUUGACCUAUGUGAACUGACAGGACCUGGCCACUUCAAGACCCCACCAAAGAAAACAAAAUCCAGCAAGCCCAAAUUGCUUAUUGUUGACAUCCGUAACAGUGAGGAUUUUAAUAGAGGGCAUAUAUCGGGCAGCAUUAAUAUCCCAUUCGGAUCAGCGUUUACUACUGAAGGGGACCUCAUCCAAUGUCCUGCUACUUCCAUGCUGCAGAGUUUUAAAGGGAGAGUGGUGGUGAUUGUUGGCCAUGUGGCAAAGAAUGCUGCAUUGUUUGCAGCUCAUCUGGUGAAAAUCAAAUAUCCAAGGGUUUGCAUUUUGGAUGGAGGCAUAAACAAAAUCAAGCCAACUGGUCUGCUGACAGUUCCUUCUCCACAGAUAUGACCCAGACAUGUCUAUUAGCUAAAUGAGAAAACUGUUACGGGCAUUACAGUAUUGUAUUAUGAUUAUUGCCAUCUUUCCACAGUGGUUUUGAAGGGAGAACAUGUUUGUCUAUUUGUCUUUUCACAUAACAGGUUCAGUUUUACUGAAUUAACAUUAACUUCUGUAUGGUGUCAUCCCAUCAAGACUUUAGUCAUUUCACUCUACGUUAUUCAUCUAGGAAUAAACCAGUGAAGUUGAACAGAUUUUAAAUCCUGUAUAUAUUCUGUUCAAAUUAUCAGUGCAAAAUUUCAUGAAAUAUUUCAGUGGUAAUAUGUUAGAAAGUGAACAAACUAAUGGGAUGUAAUCAUCACAUGCAGAAAAAUACAAGUCCACAUUUCUCCUUUAAAUUAUUCAGUUGCCUUAUUGAUUUAUUCCUAGACCUGUGUUUUGUGUAUGUAUGUUUUGUUUUGUUUUUGUUGCUUUUUUUAAAUAGUAAGAUAUUUCAUUCAUGCACUGAUUAACUAUUUAGGGGAAAUGGCAAACCUUUGCAUUUUAUUUCAUGUGAAGGAUAAAGGGAGAAAUAAUUUUUUUCUUGUCAUAUACAGAUUGUAACAUCAUUCAACCUAGAAGGAAAUGUGUAUGGAAUCUAUAUCUUGCACACUUAACUAGCAGAUUAAAAAUGCUAGGAGUUUGUAUUGUAAUUGGUAAUGUAAUUAAAAUGUCUUUUUGAAAGCUAAAGCUCCUAUAAAGUAUCCAUGGUCAGUCAGUUUAGAGACCUAUUGAAACAAACAUGGUCGCCUAUAGAUACUUCACAGUGUGGGAGCAACCCGGACAUGCUAAACAUCAUAAUUUAGAAAUACAUUGCUUUAUAUAUUUUCAUCAAAGCUUAAAAUAAAGCAUGGAGUGUUUUGUCAACACAGUU